CACAAACUUCAAACUCUCUCUCUGUCUCUAUUUUGAUCUCUUCCACGCCCACCACCCAAAAGAGAAACAAAAAAAAUUCAUUACCCUAAAACCAAGCUAAGUAUUAAGAUGCCUGCCGAUAGCUCUUCAGUUUCAGGCCAUGGCCAAACUGUUUGUGUCACCGGAGCUGGAGGCUUCAUUGGUUCCUGGAUUGUCAAACUGUUGCUAGAAGCAGGCUACAUUGUUAGGGGAACCUUGAGAAACCCAGAUGACCCAAAGAAUGCUCAUUUGAGGGAGCUGGAAGGAGCUCAAGAUAGGUUGACUUUACGUAAAGCUGAUCUUCUUGACUUUAAGAGCCUUAAAGAAGCCAUCAACGGCUGUGAUGGCGUUUUUCACACAGCAUCACCGAUUACGGAUGACCCAGAACAAAUAAUGGAGCCUGCGGUGAAUGGAACCAAAAAUGUGAUUGUUGCGGCGGGAGAAGCCAAGGUUAAAAGGGUUGUGUUCACGUCGUCAAUUGGUACAGUGUACAUGAACCCCACCAGGAGCCUUGAUGUGGUGGUCGAUGAGUCAUGUUGGAGCGACCUUGAAUAUUGCAAGAACACCAAGAACUGGUACUGCUAUGCGAAAACAGUGGCAGAGCAGACAGCUUGGGAAGAGGCCAAGGAGAAAGGGGUGGAUUUGGUGGUGGUGAACCCAGUUUUGGUACUCGGACCACCUCUCCAACCAACCGUCAACGCCAGCAUCAUCCACAUCCUCAAGUACCUCACAGGCUCAGCCAAGACUUAUGCCAAUGCUGUGCAGGCCUAUGUGCAUGUUAGGGACGUGGCUCUGGCCCACAUUCUGGUGUAUGAAACUCCAUCUGCCUCGGGAAGGUACCUUUGUGGUGAGAGUGUGCUUCACCGUGGAGACGUGGUAGAAAUCCUAGCCAAGUCCUUCCCAGAAUACCCAAUUCCCACCAAGUGCUCGGAUGAAGUCAAACCAAGAGUAAAACCAUACAAGUUGACAACCCAUAAGCUACAAGACUUGGGCGUGGAGUUCACUCCGGUGAAACAGUGCCUAUAUGAAACUGUCAAGAGCUUGCAGGAGAAGGGCCACCUUCCUGUGCCUAAACCACAAGAAGUUCCACUAAAAUUCAAUCUUAAAUCUUUAUCUUUAGUGCGGAAAUAAACGUUGCAAUGGUAUUUUAAUAUUAGAUGACAAGUUUGUAAGAAUAUUUUAUGUAUUGUGGCCCACAUGAAGUGACCCAUGUCAAUUUUGUAAGAAUAUUUGCAAUGCGUGACCUAUGUAUUUGUGGCGGAGAUAAACGUUGCAAUGGUAUUUUAAUAUUAGAUGACAAGUUUGUAAGAUUAUUUCAUAAA